UGCUGAAAGCAUUUGCAAAUCAUAGGUGGGUGAGCUAAAAAAAUAGCAUUUGUAAAGCUGAAAAUGACCAAGUUUCUAUGAAAUCAAGACACAACUGACUUCAGGUUCCGGGUUUAGCUCUCACCUCCCAAAGGUCGAGGGUUUGAAUUCCCUAGGGUCUGUAAAAUCUCAGUUGGUGGGCAACCCUCCUCGGGGAGAUCCCCGGCGCUCCUUCUAGGAGCGGGCCUAUGCUAGCCUCCCCAGCAUGUCACUGGCGCCCUACCCGGUAGUCUGGAGGUGUUUUCACUCCGUUCUACCAUUUUUGUAAAAAAAAAAAAAAAAAAACCCAUUCCCCCUCACUUUCCUGCAAAUCCAGAUAAAAUUGUUUUAUGAACCAGCAAUAUAUACUUUCCAAAUCAAUUAUUUCAUUGAAAAAAUUAACGGCAUACAUGAAUGAUCAUUUUAUUUCGUUUUCCCAAACAUAGCAUUAUUUCUCCUUUUCUUACCCGCCAUUAGAAGCCAGCCGUUAGUAUUUAAAUCUCGAAUUCAUCGCGCUUCCUCUUUCUUCACCUUCUCAGAGCUUCCCCUUCAUUUUCUUUGCUGCCAAACGCUGAAUUUUCACGUCUCUCUUUUCUCAUCACCUUAGAACCGAGAAGAAGGAAAAGGAAACCCUAUCGCUGUCGAUCGUCGUUCCCAUUCGGCUACUCAAACUGCAAAUCGCUGUCACCGAUCAACUUCUAGAGCUUACGUCGAACCUAGGUGUCAUCGAAAUAUUUUCAUAUCUCAAGGAAUGGAAGAACAGAAGAAGGAAUCCUCAUCUGCAGAUUUGAAGGAGAAAAGUUCGUCGAAAGAUGAUGACAUUGGAAAGGAUUUUCUUGGCUCCUGGAAGUCCAUGUCAAUCGUAAAUGAUGAUGCUAUGGAUUUUGGCUUUGACACUGUUUCUAAAAGCAAGAAAAAGACAUUUGACUUUGAAAAACUGGACAUGAAUUUUGAUCUGGAUGGUGAUUUCGGCAAGAUGUCAUCAUUUAAGGUAGACAUGUCAGACCUUGAUUUUACAAGUCCACCCAAAAAAUCUUCCCAGCCUACAGACAAAAAAGGAGAAGCUUCUGGUGCAAAAGCAGGGAAACAAGAUGGGUUUAAUUUCAGCUUUGAUUUUAAUGAGUUAGAUAGCUUCAGUCUUGAUUCAAGCUUACUGAAGUUCGAUACUACUUCCAACACAAAACAUAACCAGAGAAAAAAUGAAUUUACGACAGAAGGAAAUGAUACUGAAGGUGCCAAAAAGCCUAAAAUCAAUGAUGAGAAAGGUGUUCAUGGAUCUAAUGAUAAUAUAGCUAUGAAACCUCAAGCAUCAGAGAAGGUGAAAACUUUAAAGGUUGAAACUUCGGUUGGCAGCCUAGGGAAUCUAGUUUCUAGACAAAAUGGUUCUGCUUCCAAAUCAUCAUCUGGGAACCUUGAAUUGUCAACUGAGAAUCAAACUCCAGAUAUCAGUAAAAGUAUAAGUACAGAAGAAAUGAAUCAUGAAAUAGACUUGUCGGAGAAGACACCGCCAACAGAAUCAAAAUCUGAGAAGGUUAUACAUAUGGCACCUUCCCGGUCAGUAAGUCAAAGUGAUUCAGAGCAAGACACUAUCUCAGAACAGCAUAAGGAGGUUAUUUCAUCUGGAACAAGAGUAAUUAAUGUUUCAGGUGACAAACAGGAGGUUAAUGAUAAGGCAAAAUAUGUGGAUUCUGAUGGGGCAGACUUGCAAUUAGAGCGCUCACCCCCACCUCACAUCCCUAAUUCAGAUGGCAUUGUUGGAGAAGCAACUAAUAUAGGCAGCAGAAUUAAAGGGGUUACUAAUGAUCCUCAACCAGAAAAGAAUUUUACAAGCUGCGGAAAUAUUAAGAAAACUGAUGUCUUGAAGAAUAAUUUGCAUGACAGUGACAUCAGAGAAAACAACAAAUCAUCUUUGGAGUGUCAUUUGGCUACAUCUAGCAGUAAGCCUAUAGAUGAUAAAAUCAUGCAGAUGAAAGAUAAAGGACUCCCUGUUAUGCAGUUAAGUAUUCCAGAGGACAAAAUGUCUUUCAUGCACCCUUCAUCAACAGUUGGGACACAGAGUUUCUCCUUUGGCUGCAAUAAAAAUGCUGACAUACACCUGAGAUCCAAAACCCAAGCACGGGACAGCUUCAGAUCAAAUGACACAAGAUCUGGAAACAAAAUGGUAAGUGAUUCACUUCCAGGUCCUGGCAAACUAAUGAGGGACGCACCAGCGUUACUUGGUAGCAAAGAUGAUCUUGCAAGUCGUAGUAGUACCAGGGAGGGCAUUGUUUUCGAUGUUACACAGAGUGCAAGCAAGUUGGCAGGAAAUAUGAAAUCAUUCACUGAAGACGUAAAUAGAAACAAAGUCAAAUUUCAAGAAACUAACACGUCAACAAAAGAUGUUAAUAUUUUGAGUUCUCAAGUUAAUCCUUCCAGCUUAACAAAGAAGACAGCUGGAAUCACUACUCAGAUAUCUGUAAUUUCUCAACCUGAAGCUUCAGGCAAGGAGUCUUUUCAGAAAUCAAGGAUCACUGCCGUAGAAGGAAAUAAACUUUCUGCUGUUAAAGUUUGCAAGACCACUCCUGCACUUUCUAGCUUAAAGACUUUAAGGAAUAUUGGAGCUAACACAGUUCUAGCAACUUCUUCACACCAAAAAGAAGCAAACUCCUUGGUAAACUCUCAACACAAUAAGGAGACACAGGGUAUUACUCCACUAAAGAAUGACCAUCAGACUGACAGUGGUGACAAUAAAAAGCUUUCAAACCCAUUCUUGAAGAGGAAAACUAUUGAGGAUUCUGAAGCAGAUUUGACAUCCUUGAGGCCCCUAAAGCGCCUUUCUCAGUCUCCUAGUAACAGCAGAAAUUCUAAAGAAUCUUCAGAAGUUGUUGAAAAGGUAGAGAGUGAGCCCAAUAACUUCCUCAAGUAUUAUUCAACAUCUGGAGUUGAAAGUCCAUCAGAGAUUAAAGUAACAGAAGUGGAAAUACCUGCUUCUGUACUCAUGGAAGAUAACAGUAGCGUUGAAAAGGCUGAAGCAUAUAUGAAGGAACUUGAAGAUAUUUGUAACAUGCUGAAAAAGAAGCACGAGGAAGCGAAAGAACUAUUGGUUCGAGCCAUUGUGAACAACAAUAACUUGCUGAUGCUUAACCAUCCCAUUUACGAUGAAGAAAUUCAGAAGGUUCAGAAAUUUGCUUCUCAAGUGAUGUCUGAGGGGAUUGCAACUUAGUCAGAUACAAAAUUGUCGCAUUCUAGGUUAUUCUGUCUGUGCUGUGACUGUUUGGGCAAACCUUUACCAUUUCCUUAUGAGAAAUUGUUGAAAGCUUGUCAUUUCUGUGCUCUAUUAAGGUUUCAACUUUCAAAUUGUACAAAGUCUAUUGUGAUGCAUGCCACAAGUCUGUUUCAGGCUUUGGCCCUUAUAUGCAGAGCUAAAAUUAGAAUUCGAUUUUUUCGGCGAAAGUAAAGUAAAGUAAACUCUGUUAUAAUGUUU